AUGCUGCGUGUGGCGAACGAGGCGGUCCGGCGAGGGAAACAGGCAUCGAGGCUGCAGCCAGUUUCAGUCAUCAACGCCGGUUUACUGGUGCACCUUUGGUGGCUUCUCGCCGCAAUGGAUGCGCUGACGGAGACGAGGCGUAACAAUUCCUUGCGGGAGAUUUCUUUCUGGUCCCCAGCCAAAUUUCUUUUAGUACCCAUGAGCAGCGAAAGCAGCAAGAGCUGUCGAGUUUUAUUUGUCAACUCUUCGCUGCCUACGCGCGGGUUGUGGAGGCCUCCCGGGAACCUCUUCAACAUGUUGAGUCUCUCGCCGUCGUCACUUGAGGUUCAAUCACUGCCGUUGUGUCAUCUCCGUGAAACUCCCGACAAAACUUGCAGGCGCCUUCUGCACGGUGUCGAGCCAGGCAUAGAUGAGGCGAGAGACAGUGAGCAAGAGGCCGACCCACGGAGAAUCGUGGAGGCGGCAACCGAGCAACGAGAGACGUAA